AUGUCUUAUUAUUACAAUGAAGCCUUUGAAAAUCCAGACUACCACUUCUCAGAGACACUGGAAAUUGGUAGAAGGGGGAGUUCUCAGAGGAAUCCAUUGUCUCACCAAACUCCUCAUGAUUUGUCUCUGCAUGGAUCCUAUGGAGAGCACAGAGGAAGGGAGCAGAACUACCCUGUGGCCAUUCCCAUGGCCUCCCUGGGACCUGGCUCUGACUACAGCCAGGAUUUACCCAGCACAAGUCCAUAUGGAAAUUUCACAGACAAUAUUUCCUUUGAGCCUGAGCCAGAACUGACUUACACCCCACAUUCUACCUUCCAUCUGCUGGAUUAUCCUUAUACUCAUGGAAUUUCCAGUGGAUCAGAAGACAGCUUCAUUCGGAGACGCAACCGCAGACCACCUGAUGAGAUCUUCAUGACUUCUGCCAGCAUGUUUGAAACAGAUCCAGUGUGCAGUGAAGAAGAAGAUUUAGUUAGAAGUCUUGCAAGUAUGUCCACCAAAGAAAGGAUUAAAGUAAUCCAGAAGAUGCCAGAGACCAUGAGGAAAAAGAGAGAGAUCAGAAAUAAAGUUCUUAAAGAAGUAUCAAAAAUAUCAAACCGUGGUGCUCAACCUUCCUGCUGUACACAGUGCCUGAAAGGAGCAGCAGUGUCAUUUCGGCGAUUUGGAAAUACCCUUUCAGAACACUUUCACCAGCUGCGGGUAUGGCACAAGACUCUGAAGAUCAUUGGUGCUGAGUUUGGAACAAGUGUUCUUUCUUACUUUGUGUUCUUGACGUGGCUGCUAAAUUUUAACAUCUUCUCAUUCCUCAUAAACUUCAGUUUCAUCACAAUUCCUCAGUUUCUUGCAGCAGAACCAAAUAACCUUUCAUUCACGGGCCUGGAGCUGUUCACUGGAGCUGGUUAUUUUCAACAAACAGUGCUCUACUAUGGCUUUUACACCAAUGCUACAAUCACUAAAAUACAGAAUGGUCCAUCUUACAACAUGCAGCUGGCCUAUAUUUUUACUGUUGGAAUAUAUUUUGUCAUCUGUUUUCUUAUCUUGUUGUUCAGCAUGGCAAAAUUCUUCUCCAGGAACUUCAUUAACCCUCAGGAAUUAUCUGUGAAUGCUAGCAAGCUGCUCUGCACUUGGGACUUCAGUAUAACUAAUGAAAAAGCUGUGAAGCUGAAACAAAAGAAUCUCCACACACAAAUAAAGGAAGGCCUCACUGAAGUAAACAAAGAAGUUCUAAAUUUUUCUGCAAUGGAGAGAGUUCUUCGUAUUGCUGUUCAUCUUCUUGCUUGGGUUGCUUCCCUGGGAAUAGCAGUAGCUGCUUGUGCUGGUGUUUAUUUCCUCUCCAUUAAUAACCUCAAGCUGUUUAUGAAAGAGCACAGAAAUGACCUAGAGAGCCAAACUGCCAUGUUGGUGUUACCUGUGGUUGUAUCUCUCCUCAACACAUUGAUCCCAUUCUUAUUUUCCUGGAUUGGGCACCUGGAGAGCUUUCAGACUCCUGGACAGCACAUAUAUGUCACUAUUACCAGAAAUGUCAUCCUGAAAAUGUCAAUUGUUGGAAUACUGUGCUACUACUGGCUUAACAUCGUGGCUACCUCAGAGUCACAGUGCUGGGAAACUUUGGUUGGCCAAGAUAUCUAUCGUCUUGUUCUAGUUGACUUCAUAUUUUGUUUGCUUGGCUCUUUCUUUGGAGAGUUUUUACAAAGAAUUAUUGGAACUACAGUCUGCCUGAGCCUGGGGCUGCCAGAAUUUGAUAUUGGACGAAAUGUUUUAGAUUUGAUCUAUGCUCAGACUUUGACCUGGAUUGGUAUCCUGUUCUCACCUCUGUUGCCUGGUAUCCAGAUGAUAGCAUUUUUUAUAGUAUUUUUUGUGAAAAAGGUCAGUCUGAUGAGGAAUUGCCAGCCCCCUCGCAAAGUCUGGAGAACUGCUCAAAUGAUGACAUCCUUCAUUUUCCUGCUGUUUUGUCCUUCCUUCCUUGGAGUCCUGUCAGUCAUUGGAGUCACUGUCUGGAGGUUAAAGCCUUCAGAAGGAUGUGGUCCUUUCAGAGGUUUGCCUUCUAUGUAUGCUGCAGUCGCUGAGUGGAUACAAGUACUGGGAAGUUACACUGUCUCAAAAUGGGUUGUGUGGAUCUACCAUAACUUAAUUACAAGUGAACUUUUCUUCUUCAUCCUCUCUACUUUUGUACUAAUUGUUACUUAUCUUUACUGGCAAAUAAUACAAGGAAGAAAGACCAUGACCAAGCUGUUACGUAAGCAAAUUAAUAAUGCAGGGAAUGAUAAGAAGUUUCUACUCAAAAAGCUACAGACACAGCAAAGGGCAAGACGAAGCUCAUCUGCACUGGGAGGAAGAGGCCAGCAGAGAAGCUCUUCUUCAUACCACCCAUCCAGGCAACCUGCCCAGGAGGUGCCAGACUACCUAGAAAGGGCAUUUGAAAGAAAUCAAAACACAUCCUACAACGAGCAUCCCUUUUCUGUUGGGAUCUCAAGCAGCAGUGACUUUCUACCAGCGCGGCUGACGCUGUUUGCCUUGUGCCCGGCAGGCUGCGAGCCCGGCGCGUCCCGGGCCGCGGCGCUCGCCCUGCGCGCCAGGGAAGCCGCGCUGCAGCGGGACAGCGAUGGCAGCCACAGAGGAUUCCGGACCUGA